AUGGCUACUCCCGGGCAACCAGCAGCGGGUCUGGCGAGUCUCCCCGGGGAGAUUCUGCUCCACAUUAUUUCGUUUCUCGAGCCGCGACAAACAAUCAGCCUUCAACUGGUGUCUAGGGGCUUUCGGGCUCUCGCCCGUGACAAUGGCUUCUGGCGGUCGCAAUGCUUCCAAGAGUCGUCGUACCUCGAGGCCCUCAACCGCAACCGGCUCUUCAGGCUGACGAGCGGGGUGCGUCCGCAGGAUCCCCUCACGUCUACCGACGGCAGCCCUCUCGUCAAUGACCACGAUGACGACGGUGAUAAACUGGGAUCUCUGCCAAGCGGCGAGCCGAGGGAGCGGGAAUUGGUCCGCAUCGUGGCAAACUGGGACCCUUGCUUUCCCUCAGAACGCAUCUCGUGGUAUGAUGAAUACAUUCAGCGGCAUGGGGAUGUUGUUGUCAACUGGCUCCAGCAACCGCGAAUCGGGGGGCCCUCGGGCGGAGGAGAGCUCAUUGAGUCCAGGGGAGCUGCCCUCUAUCGCCCCGACGGCGUGCGCGAGGGGGUGUCCUGUGACACUGAGACGCUCUUUGCUGUGUCGCCCCUUGAUGACGGAAGCGUGUGCAUCUGGGAUGUAAAUGGGACGAAAAGAAAAAGGGGGGCGAUCGUGGCCCGGAGCAGGCCGGGGAUACUGUUUAUCGACGGGCCUGGGGCGGAUAACAACCGGCGGUCCAAGCGGGUAGACUCGGGUGUGACGGAAUGCGUCAGCAUUGACAGCUACCACCAUCUUGCCUUUUUUGCAGUCCAAGGACAUCUUAUCGAGGUCGACCUACAAAGGCUCACGGUUGUUGGCUGCGAAUCAUUCCCAUGGUCUAUCACAGCCUUGUCUGCUGCAAGUCCAAGUGUCCCGCUCACUGUGGGGACCAGUCUUGGAAUCCAUCUGCACGACUACCGUUUCCGGAAGCCUCGCAGCAAUGAAGGGCUCGAGAGGAUAGACGAUUUUGAUCGCAUGGGAGCGAAGGACUUCUACGAACGAAGUUUGCGGAACCUCUUUGACGACGAUCCUCUUCCCCCGUAUGCACCGCUCGCCCAACCGGGGCCACUGAGCAUCCUCCAUCCCCAGCGCCCCGGCCUUGAGGCUGAUUUGUCAGACGAGAUCUACGUGGCCGGUCGGUUUUCCAACAUUCUUCACUACGAUAGGCGCAAGUUCCCGUCGAUCAAAGGCUCGAUCUACUCGGGUGCGAGACUUUGCAGCUUGACCUCUCUCCCGUACCCCUUCUCAGUCCAUGACAGUGAGAUUCGGCGGAGGGGACUGAUGAGCCUCGAUCAAGUUGAGAAAUCCAAGAGUUUUGCUGAGGGCCAGACACUCAUAGCCUGCGGCGAAUACAAUACUAAAGGAUCCCUCGAGAUAUAUAGCAUAACGGGAUUGCCGCAAAGCCCAGCGGGUUUGCAGAACCGGCAGAGCUCGUCGCACUCCAAGCUCCUCUCCGUCGUAAGCCACGGCACACGCAUUGUCUUCUCUGACGGGUCAGGGUAUCUGAACUGGUUUGAGAGAGAUGGCUUCACAGACGUUCGUCGCUGCAAGAUAGGGCAUAGCGAGAUGACCGAGGGGCCUUCGAUAUUCGCGUCAAUGCCGGGAUCCGACGACAUUGCGCGGAAGCUGCUUCCGACGCGAUCAGGCCAUACCGGUGAGGGGGUCAACGAUAACGACUUGCUGUUCUGGACAGGGGAGAAACUGGGAUUGGUUACGUUCUCGGGGUCAAGUCGUUUCGCAGCCACCGACUUCAAAGAGAAGACAGACGAGGGCGCGUCUCCGGAGACACUGGCCCGAGCGAGUGAAGAGAAGGCGUACUCGGAGAGAAUGCGGCGAGCGCUUGAAAGACAGGCUGACGACGUUCGCUUUAUCCGGAACCUUGGUAUCGGCAGCGGUUACAGGCCUUGA